AUGGCUCUCCCGUUCGGCACUGUUCCUUCAGGAGCAAGAAAUGCCCCAACUCCGUUCAAAGCCUCCAUACCAGAUGAGCGCAUCAAAGAGAUGCAGAUUCUGGUGAGGCUCUCAAAGAUCGCGCCUGAGACAUACGAAGGAUCGCAGCAGGACCGUAAAUACGGGAUCACCACCGAAUGGCUGUCGUCAGCCAAGGACCAAUGGAAGAAGCUUGACUGUUUCCCUCAGUUUACGUAUAAAAUCGAGGGGCUGACAAUCCAUUUCGUGGCCCUAUUCUCCGAGAAAAAGGACGCAGUGCCCAUUGUUCUCCUGCAUGGGUGGCCCGGAAGUUUCCUCGAGUUUCUGCCUCUUCUGUCGCUGUUUCGCGACAAGUACGACCCAAGCACCUUGCCUUACCAUUUCGUGGUCCCGUCGCUCCCCGGUUACACGUUCUCGUCCGGGCCACCACUCGACAAGAAUUUCAGUACCGCCGAUGUUGCGCGGAUCAUCAAUCAGUUGAUGGUCAAUCUUGGGUUUGAAAGCGGCUAUGUGGCACAAGGGGGUGAUAUCGGCUCCAGAAUUGGUCGAGUGCUGGCAGUCGAUUACGAGUCUUGCAAAGGCACGUACUGGACCUUCCAAGAUCAAACUUUUUGGACUUCUCAUGCUAAUGAGGAUUUUAAUAUCAACAGCGGUACAUUUAUGGAGCACGGCACUCGACCGAGCACCAUUGGGCAUGUCCUCGCGGCCAGUCCAAUUGCAUUGCUAGCUUGGAUUGGUGAAAAGUUCCUCGAUUGGGUUGAUGAUCCUCUCCCGUUGGAGACUAUCCUGGAAUCCGUGUCGCUGUACUGGCUCACAGAGACAUUUCCCAGAUCAAUUUAUCCAUAUCGCGAGUUUCUCCAGCCGUCUGAAGUGCCUGCGACCAUGGAUCCAAGAUGGUAUAUCCGCAAGCCGUUUGGCUUCUCCUAUUUCCCAAUGGAGUUGGUACCAGUGCCCAGAUCAUGGAUCGAAACGACAGGAAACCUGGUGUUCUGGAGACAACAUGAGAAGGGCGGUCAUUUCGCUGCACUGGAACGGCCCCAGGACUUUGCGGAGGAUCUGGCAGCUUUUGUCCAGCAGAUUUGGCCGGGGAUCUCGCAGCGGAAGUAG